AUGUUUGCAAUGACUCAGUAUUGGCUCACUUGUUUUCCUUUCCCCAAAACUGUACUUCAAAGAAUAGAGUCGAUUUGUCGCAUUUUCCUCUGGAUAGGAGGGUUUGAAGGGAGUCGUAAAGCACCUGUAGCAUGGAAACAGAUUUGUAGCCCUCGUAGCCAUGGCGGUUUAAACGUCGUUGACCUUGAAGUUUGGAAUAAAGCAACUAUAUUGAAGCUGCUUUGGAAUGUUAGCGAAAAGGAAGAUUCGCUUUGGGUAAAGUGGGUACAAACGUAUGCUCAAUCUCAGGGAGGACUUUCAAAACAUGAGCGAUCAGGAAGAAUUCAAGACAGGGGGGUUUUCCGAAUGAGUAAUCUGUAUGCAAAAUUACAUGAUUGUGGUCAGCCGGUGGAGUGGAGGAAUUUGGUGUACGGUAACAACGCAAGACCGCGAGCUAAUUUCAUGUUGUGGCUUGCUUGUCAUGGGAGAUUAGCAACGAAAGAUAGAUUGCAUAACGUUUGGACUAAGAUCCUAAGAUGGGCUCAAAUUAAUCAUACCCCUGGAAAUUGGCAUAGCAAGCUGAAGUGGCUUAUUCAACAUACUAAAGGUAAAGGUGUCCGAGUUGCAGUCAUAAAAAUGGCGAUUUCUAAAACCAUCUAUGAGAUAUGGCAGGCUCGGAAUAAGAGUAUUUUUGGGAAAAAACCGGAGAUCACUAUUAUAGGAAGAAAAGUCAUAGAUACUUUGGUGUAUAAAGGGUGA